AUGUUGGCAUUUCCUCUACGAUGUCCGUCGGAUCGAGGCAACGGUGCACUGUACGGUGUCUCUACAGCUGCGUCUGACGGAGUUUGCGCUCGAAUUUCAAUCAGUCUCAAGGGAGCCGUGGGAGUCUGUUGGGAGAGACGUGCCCAGGUGAAUAGCAGGUGUGUUGUCCUAAGUCUUGUUGUGUUACAUGUUCAAACUGCCACUGUUGAAGCCGCCAUACGUCAGAUUCGGGGCGGCCUGUGUCUGCCGAGCUGCGUCCGCAACGGCACCGUGCGUCCGGACGGAACCGACUGCAGACACUUCUUCGUUUGCUCGCACCUUCCGAACGGCCGUCUGGCGCUGCUCAGGUGCAAGUGCCCUCCGGAAACGCCCGUGUUCAACACUUAUCGCCAGAAGUGCUCGGAGCAGAUACGAUGCCGCGUCUCCUGCCCUCCGCACACGCACAUCUUUUCCACCUGGGUUUCGGCCAACUACACCGGCUUCAACUGCCAAAUGGAUCCCGACAUGCUGAUGAAGACGGAGGCUAAUAUGACCACUGCCCAAGGGGGUGUAUCUGUAUCGUUAUCACAUUAUCCCGUUACACUGCCUGACACGCUCACAGACCCUUCGGCAUUCCACCCGAUCUUAUUUCCAGACACGCUUUCCACAUCAUCGGGAGUCCACCCUGCCACCUUGCCCGCCGUGCUCACCAGUCCACAUUCCAUACAGCCUAGCAUAAUCCCGCAGUAUUCAACGUCCAAGCCUGUUCUAAUCCCGGCUUCUCUUACCAAACCCUACGUAAUGCUGGCCACAACGGUUACCUCAUCGGUCUCUACGCUUUCCGUGGACAAGCCUGACCUGCAGCCUGCCACCCUCACCAAGCCCCUAACACAAGUGCCCUCAACUCUACCGGCCACCCUUACUUCUCUGUCGACGGUCCAGCCAACUGCGUUCCCCACCUCAGCCACGGGGCAGACAAGCGUCUUCCCUGUGGUUAGUCGCCCGCCUGUGGUUAUAAACCCUUGUUCGCCCCCUGUGUGUGUGAUGGCCAAUUCAAGGCUACAGAACCCUCAUUCCUGCCGUAAAUAUUAUAAGUGUGUUUUAUCCGGAGGUGUUCUGGUGGCGCGCUCUUACAUAUGUCCUAGGGUUAUGCCGAUAUUCAGUCCAGACCUUCAGAUGUGCAUCAUGGGGAUAAAAUGCAGGACCCCCUGUGUAAAUAGCACUAUAGCAACAUCAGCAGCAGUCUCUGGUACAGUCAUUAACGCAGAUAUUACGUCAUUGUCUGGUAAAGUCACAAUGACAGAUAUAACGGACUUGACUGACACAAUAACAGGCGGUACAUUGGUGUCAGGCGCAAUCACAGGUGAAACAUCUUUGCCUAGUGUAGCAACAAGCGUUAUGUCACUGCCUGGAACAGUGUCGACUGUCACAUCACCAUGCGGGUCAACGUUAUUUCCUGGUAUAUUCACACAUGUUAUAACACUGCCUGGUACAAUAACCGGUGUUAUAUCAUUCCCGGGUGCCCACACAAGUGUAACAACACAGCUUGGUAAAGUCACAAGUGUUAUAUCACUUCCCGGUAUACCGACGGGUGUUGCAUCAUUCCCAGGUGCAGUCACAAGUGUAAUGUCUCUUUCUGGUACAAUCAUAAGCAUAAUAUCAUUGCCAAGCACUGCUACUACUUUUACAUCAUUCCCCGGAGCAGUCAUAAGUGCUAUUUCAUUGCAUAAUACUGUCACUAGUGUUAUAUCACUGCCAGGUGUUACAUCAUUCCCUGGUGCAGCUACAAGUGUUACAAUAGUGUAUGGUACAGUCACAAGUGUUAUAACACUGCCAGGUGUACUAACAGAUGUUGCGUCAUUCCCUGGUGCAGUCACAAGUGUUACGUCACUGCAAGGUACAGUCGUCAGUGUUAUAUCACUGCCUGGUACAUUCACUGAUGUAACAACACUGCCUGGAACACCCACAGGGGUAACAUCACUGCCUGGAACAGUCACAGGUGUAACAUCUCUGCCUGGAACAGUCACUGGUGUAACGUCGCUGCCUGGUACAGUUAUAAGUUUUAUAUCAUUCCCUGGUGCAGCUACAAGUGUUACAACAGUGUAUGGUACAGUCACUAGUGUUAUAACACUGCCAGGUGUACCGACAGAUGUUGCGUCAUUCCCUGGUGCAGUCACAAGUGUUACGUCACUGCAAGGUACAGUCGUCAGUAUUAUUUCACUGCCUGGUACAUUCACUGAUGUAUCAACACUGCCUAGCACAAUCACAGGUGUAACAGAUCUUCAUAGUACAGUCACAGGUGUUAUUUCAUUUAUUGGUGCAGCUACAAGUGUUACAACAGUGUAUGGUACAGUCACAAGUGUUAUAACACUGCCAGGUGUACCAACAGAUGUUGUGUCAUACCCUGGUGCAGUCACAAGUGUUACGUCACUGCAAGGUACAGUCGUCAGUGUUAUAUCACUGCCUGGUACAUUCACUGGUGUAACAUCACUGCCUGGUACAGUCACAGGCGGUAUCUCAUUCCCUGAUGCAGCUACAAGUGUUACAACAGUGUAUGGUACAGUCACAAGUGUUAUAACACUGCCAGGUGUACCAACAGAUGUUGCGUCAUUCCCUGGUGCAGUCACAAGUGUUACGUCACUGCAAGGUACAGUCGUCAGUGUUAUAUCAUUGCCUGGUACAUUCACUGAUGUAUCAACACUUCUUAGCACAAUCACAAGUGUAACAGAUCUUCAUAGUACAGUUACAGGUGUUAUCUUACUCCCUGGUGCAGCUACAAGUGUUACAACAGUGUAUGGUACAGUCACAAGUGUUAUAACACUACCAGGUGUACCGACAGAUGUUGCGUCAUUCCCUGGUGUAGUCACAAGUGUUACGACACUGCAAGGUACAGUCGUCAGUAUUAUAUCACUGCCUGGUACAUUCACUGAUGUAACAACACUGCCUGGAACAGUCACAGGAGUAACAUCACUGCCUGGUGUAACAUCACUGCCUGGAACAGUCACUGGUGUAACGUCUCUGCCUGGUACAGUCACAGGUGUUAUCUCAUUCCCUGGUGCAGCUACAAGUGUUACAACAGUGUAUGGUACAGUCACAAGUGUUAUAACACUGCCAGGUGUACCAACAGAUGUUGCGUCAUUCCCUGGUGCAGUCACAAGUGUUAUGUCACUGCAAGGUGUAACAUCACUGCCUGGAACAACCACAGGUGUAACAUCUCUGCCUGGAACAGUCACUGGUGUAACGUCGCUGCCUGGUACAGUCAUAGGUUUUAUAUCAUUCCCUGGUGCAACUACAAGUGUUACAACAGUGUAUGGUACAGUCACAAGUGUUAUAACACUGCCAGGUGUACCAACAGAUGUUGCGUCAUUCCCUGGUGCAGUCACAAGUGUUACGUCACUGCAAGGUACAGUCGUCAGUGUUAUAUCACUGCCUGGUACAUUCACUGAUGUAACAACACUGCCUGGAACAGUCACAGGUGUAACAUCACUGCCUGGAACAGUCACAGGUGUAACAUCUCUGCCUGGAACAGUCACUGGUGUAACGUCGCUGCCUGGUACAGUCAUAAGUUUUAUAUCAUUCCCUGGUGCAGCUACAAGUGUCACAACAGUGUAUGGUACAGUCACAAGUGUUAUAACACUGCCAGGUGUACCAACAGAUGUUGCGUCAUUCCCUGGUGCAGUCACAAGUGUUACGUCACUGCAAGGUACAGUCGUCAGUGUUAUAUCACUGCCUGGUACAUUCACUGAUGUAUCAACUCUUCUUAGCACAAUCACAGGUGUAACAGAUCUUCAUAGUACAGUCACAGGUGUUAUCUCAUUCCCUGGUGCAGCUACAAGUGUUACAACAGUGUAUGGUACAGUCACAAGUGUUAUAACACUGCCCGGUGUACUAACAGAUGUUGCAUCAUUCCCUGGUGCAGUCACAAGUGUUACGUCACUGCAAGGUACAGUCGUCAGUGUUAUAUCACUGUCUGGUACAUUCACUGAUGUAACAACACUGCCCGGAACAGUCACUGGUGUUACAUCACUACCUGGAACACCCACAAGUGUAACAUCACUGCCUGGAACACCCACAGGUGUAAUAUCUCUGCUUGGAACAGUCACUGGUGUAACGUCGCUGCCUGGUACAGUCAUAGGUUUUAUAUCAUUCCCUGGUGCAGCUACAAGUGUUACAACAGUGUAUGGUACAGUCACAAGUGUUAUAACACUGCCAGGUGUACCAACAGAUGUUGCGUCAUUCCCUGGUGCAGUCACAAGUGUUACGUCACUGCAAGGUACAGUCGUCAGUGUUAUAUCACUGCCUGGUACAUUCACUGAUGUAACAACACUGCCUGGAACAGUCACAGGUGUAACAUCACUGCCUGGAACAGUCACAGGAGUAACAUCACUGCCUGGUGUAACAUCACUGCCUGAAACAGUCACUGGUGUAACGUCGCUGCCUGGUACAGUCACAGGUGUAACAUCACUGCCUGGAACAGUCACUGGUGUAACGUCGCUGCCUGGUACAGUCACAGGUGUUAUCUCAUUCCCUGGUGCAGCUACAAGUGUUACAACAGUGUAUGGUACAGUCACAAGUGUUAUAACACUGCCAGGUGUACCAACAGAUGUUGCGUCAUUCCCUGGUGCAGUCACAAGUGUUACGUCACUGCAAGGUACAGUCGUCAGUGUUAUUUCACUGCCCGGUACGUUCACUAGUGCAACAUCACUGCCUGGAACACCCACAGGUGUAACAUCACUGCCUGGUACAGUCACAGGUGUAACAUCUCUGCCUGGAACAGUCACUGGUGUAACGUCGCUGCCUGGUACAGUCGUAAGUUUUAUAUCAUUCCCUGGUGCAGCUACAAGUGUCACAACAGUGUAUGGUACAGUCACAAGUGUUAUAACACUGCCAGGUGUACCAACAGAUGUUGCGUCAUUCCCUGGUGCAGUCACAAGUGUUACGUCACUGCAAGGUACAGUCGUCAGUGUUAUAUCACUGUCUGGUACAUUCACUGAUGUAACAACACUGUCUGGAACAGUGACAGGUGUUAUAUCACUACCUGGAACACCCACAGGUGUAACAUCUCUGCUUGGAACACCCACAGGUGUAACAUCACUGCCUGAAACAGUCACUGGUGUAACGUCGCUGCCUGGUACAGUCACAGGUGUAACAUCACUGCCUGGAACAGUCACUGGUGUAACGUCGCUGCCUGGUACAGUCACAGGUGUUAUCUCAUUCCCUGGUGCAGCUACAAGUGUUACAACAGUGUAUGGUACAGUCACAAGUGUUAUAACACUGCCAGGUGUACCAACAGAUGUUGCGUCAUUCCCUGGUGCAGUCACAAGUGUUACGUCACUGCAAGGUGUAACAUCUCUGCCUGGAACAGUCACUGGUGUAACACCUCUGCCUGGAACAGUCACUGGUGUAACGUUGCUGCCUGGUACAGUCGUAAGUGUUAUAUCAUUCCCUGGUGCAGCUACAAGUGUUACAACAGUGUAUGGUACAGUCACAAGUGUUAUAACACUGCCAGGUGUACCGACAGAUGUUGCGUCAUUCCCUGGUGCAGUCACAAGUGUUACGUCAGUGCAAGGUACAGUCGUCAGUGUUAUAUCACUGCCUGGUACAUUCACUGAUGUAUCAACACUUCUGAGCACAAUCACAGGUGUAACAGAUCUUCAUAGUGCAGUCACAGGUGUUAUCUCAUUCCCUGGUGCAGCUACAAGUGUUACAACAGUGUAUGGUACAGUCACAAGUGUUAUAACACUGCCCGGUGUACCAACAGAUGUUGCGUCAUUCUCUGGUGCAGUCACAAGUGUUACGUCACUGCAAGGUACAGUCGUCAGUGUUAUUUCACUGCCCGGUACGUUCACUAGUGCAACAUCACUGCCUGGAACACCCACAGGUGUAACAUCACUGCCUGGUACAGUCACAGGUGUAACAUCUCUGCCUGGAACAGUCACUGGUGUAACGUCGCUGCCUGGUACAGUCGUAAGUUUUAUAUCAUUCCCUGGUGCAGCUACAAGUGUCACAACAGUGUAUGGUACAGUCACAAGUGUUAUAACACUGCCAGGUGUACCAACAGAUGUUGCGUCAUUCCCUGGUGCAGUCACAAGUGUUACGUCACUGCAAGGUACAGUCGUCAGUGUUAUAUCACUGUCUGGUACAUUCACUGAUGUAACAACACUGCCUGGAACAGUGACAGGUGUUAUAUCACUACCUGGAACACCCACAGGUGUAACAUCACUGCCUGAAACAGUCACUGGUGUAACGUCGCUGCCUGGUACAGUCACAGGUGUAACAUCACUGCCUGGAACAGUCACUGGUGUAACGUCGCUGCCUGGUACAGCCAUAAGUUUUAUAUCAUUCCCUGGUGCAGCUACAAGUGUUACAACAGUGUAUGGUACAGUCACAAGUGUUAUAACACUGCCAGGUGUACCAACAGAUGUUGCGUCAUUCCCUGGUGCAGUCACAAGUGUUACGUCACUGCAAGGUACAGUCGUCAGUGUUAUAUCACUGCCUGGUACAUUCACUGAUGUAACAACACUGCCUGGAACAGUCACAGGAGUAACAACACUGCCUGGUGUAACAUCACUGCCUGGAAUAGUCACAGGAGUAACAUCACUGCCUGGUACAGUCACAGGUGUAACAUCACUGCCUGGAACAGUCACUGGUGUAACGUCGCUGCCUGGUACAGUCAUAAGUUUUAUAUCAUUCGCUGGUGCAGCUACAAGUGUUACAACAGUGCAUGGUACAGUCACAAGUGUUAUAACACUGCCAGGUGUACCAACAGAUGUUGCGUCAUUCCCUGGUGCAGUCACAAGUGUUACGUCACUGCAAGGUACAGUCGUCAGUGUUAUUUCACUGCCCGGUACGUUCACUAGUGCAUCAUCACUGCCUGGAACACCCACAGAUGUAACAUCACUGCCUGGUACAGUCACAGGUGAAACAUCACUGCCUGGUGUAACAUCACUGCCUGGAACAGUCAUAGGUGUAACAUCUCUGCCUGGAACAGUCACAGGUGUAACAUCUCUGCCUGGAACACCCACAGGUGUAACAUCUCUGCCUGGAACAGUCACUGGUGUAACGUCGCUGCCUGGUACAGCCAUAAGUUUUAUAUCAUUCCCUGGUGCAGCUACAAGUGUUACAACAGUGUAUGGUACAGUCACAAGUGUUAUAACACUGCCAGGUGUACCAACAGAUGUAGCAUCAUUCCCUGGUGCAGUCACAAGUGUUACGUCACUGCAAGGUACAGUCGUCAGUGUUAUAUCACUGCCCGGUACAUCCACUGAUGUAUCAACACUUCUUAGCACAAUCACAGAUGUAACAGAUCUUCAUAGUACAGUCACAGGUGUUAUUUCGUUCCCUAGUGCAGCUACAAGUGUUACAACAGUGUAUGGUACAGUUACAAGUGUUAUAACACUGCCAGGUGUACCGACAGACGUUGCGUCAUUCCCUGGUGCAGUCACAAGUGUUACGUCACUGCAAGGUACAGUCGUCAGUGUUAUAUCACUGCCCGGUACAUUCACUAGUGUAACAUCACUGCCUGGUACAGUCACAGGCGGUAUCUCAUUCCCUGAUGCAGCUACAAGUGUUACAACAGUGUAUGGUACAGUCACAAGUGUUAUAACACUGCCAGGUGUACCAACAGAUGUAGCAUCAUUCCCUGGUGCAGUCACAAGUGUUACGUCACUGCAAGGUACAGUCGUCAGUGUUAUAUCACUGCCCGGUACAUCCACUGAUGUAUCAACACUUCUUAGCACAAUCACAGAUGUAACAGAUCUUCAUAGUACAGUCACAGGUGUUAUUUCGUUCCCUAGUGCAGCUACAAGUGUUACAACAGUGUAUGGUACAGUUACAAGUGUUAUAACACUGCCAGGUGUACCGACAGACGUUGCGUCAUUCCCUGGUGCAGUCACAAGUGUUACGUCACUGCAAGGUACAGUCGUCAGUGUUAUAUCACUGCCCGGUACAUUCACUAGUGUAACAUCACUGCCUGGUACAGUCACAGGCGGUAUCUCAUUCCCUGAUGCAGCUACAAGUGUUACAACAGUGUAUGGUACAGUCACAAGUGUUAUAACACUGCCAGGUGUACCAACAGAUGUAGCAUCAUUCCCUGGUGCAGUCACAAGUGUUACGUCACUGCAAGGUACAGUCGUCAGUGUUAUAUCACUGCCCGGUACAUCCACUGAUGUAUCAACACUUCUUAGCACAAUCACAGAUGUAACAGAUCUUCAUAGUACAGUCACAGGUGUUAUUUCGUUCCCUAGUGCAGCUACAAGUGUUACAACAGUGUAUGGUACAGUUACAAGUGUUAUAACACUGCCAGGUGUACCGACAGACGUUGCGUCAUUCCCUGGUGCAGUCACAAGUGUUACGUCACUGCAAGGUACAGUCGUCAGUGUUAUAUCACUGCCCGGUACAUUCACUAGUGUAACAUCACUGCCUGGUACAGUUACAGGCGUAAUUUCAUUGCUUGGUACAGUCACAGGCGGUAUCUCAUUCCCUGAUGCAGCUACAAGUGUUACAACAGUGUAUGGUACAGUCACAAGUGUUAUAACACUGCCAGGUGUACCAACAGAUAUUGCGUCAUUCCCUGGUGCAGUCACAAGUGUUACGUCACUUCAAGGUACCGUCGUCAGUGUUAUAUCACUGCCCGGUACAUCCACUGAUGUAUCGACACACCUUAGCACAAUCACAGGUGUAACAGGUCUUCAUAGUACAGUCACAGGUGAUUUUUCAUUCCCUGGUGCAGCUACAAGUGUUACAACAGUUUAUGGUAUAGUCACAAGUGUUAUAACACUGCCAGGUGUACCAACAGAUGUUGCGUCAUUUCCUGGUGCAGUCACAAGUGUUACGUCACUGCAAGGUACAGUCGUCAGUGUUAUAUCACUGCCCGGUACAUCCACUGAUGUAUCAACACACCUUAGCACAAUUACAGGUGUAACAGGUCUUCAUAGUACAGUCACAGGUGAUUUUUCAUUCCCUGGUGCAGCUACAAGUGUUACAACAGUGUAUGGUAUAGUCACAAGUGUUAUAACACUGCCAGGUGUACCAACAGAUGUUGCGUCAUUCCCUGGUGCAGUUACAAGUGUUACGUCACUGCAAGGUACAGUCGUAAGUGUUAUAUCACGUCCUGGAACGGUCACUGAUGUUGCAUCAUCGCCUACUGCGUUUACAAGUGAAACAACCCUUCAUGGUACAGUGACUAUCGUUAUAUCACCUCCUGGUAUGCCAACAGGUGUUGUAACAUCCCCAGGUGCAGUCACAAAUGUAACAUCCUUGUAUGGUACAACUACUAGUAUUAUAUCACUGCCUAGUGCAAUCACUGGAACAGUUGUUACAUCUUUGCCGUCAUUGCCAGUUACUCCAACAAGUACAUUACUCCCUGGUAGUGUCACAACACCAACAUCUACUUCGCUUCCUUUUCCUGCCCAGAUGGUGCAUCCAGCUCCCGCAGCUUUUCCCGUAGAUAUUCAAGCUGGUACCGACAGCGAAGGACCAGAAGUUGUUACUUCUUCCUCUUUUCCUUCCUUGGCCCCCAACACCACCCAGUCCUCGUUCGACACCUUAAUAACAUACCAAAAUAUCUCAUCAUCAGGAACACUACCAUCAAUCUGUCAGCCUACCUGCCUCAUACCUGAUUCCUGGCUAGCAGACCCAACGGACUGCCAUUAUUUCUAUGUUUGUUACUUCAUUGACGAUUUUUCCAUGAAGCCUCAACGCAUCAAGUGUCCCGAAGACAAGCCAGUAUUCAGCCAAGAUGAAGGGAAAUGUAUGGCGUCAAUUCAGUGUGUGGUAACCUGUCCUAGCACUGUUGCUCCGAUGCCUCCCCCGACGCCUGAUGCCGCCAGCUGCCAGCCUAAGUGCGUCAUUCCGAACUCCCUAGUGCCAGACCCAAUGGACUGUACCCACUACUAUAUAUGUGUCUUUCUGAGAGGUUUGACACCACAUCCUGUUCGUGCUAGAUGUCCUUCCACCAAACCUUUCUUCCACAGGACUAAACUCCGGUGUGAAUCUGAGGCUAGAUGCAUUGAAAUGUGUUCUGUUCCCUCUACUCUGCCUGAAACUACAGCACCAUCAACAGUUGAAGACCUGCAUGAUCCAUGCUUGCCCUCGUGCGUUCGACCAGAAUCUGUGGUAAAGGAUCCCAAGGACUGCCACCAUUACUAUACCUGUACUGUCAAUGGUAAUAACACCAUUCUUACAAGAAUGGCAUGCCCUCCAAGUCGACCUGUAUUCGAUGCAAGAAGUGAAAGCUGUUUAAAAUCUGCAGAAUGUCUGGUUACAUGCCAGGAGAGUGAAACCCAAACUGGAAAUGGCACAGAUAAUAGUUUAAUGUUGAUCCCAGAAAUGUGUCGUCCAAACUGCACUCAACACAACACCAUCUUGCAUGACCCCAUGGAUUGCCACUACUACUAUGUUUGUAUGAUUGUACAGGAACAAGCCUACACCACAAGGAUUCAUUGUCCACUCUCUCGCCCAGUCUUUAAUCUGGAGAGUUACAGUUGUCAAGCAGAAUCAUCCUGUAUCACAACAUGCCUGGAAACAAAUACAACUUAUUUGCCAACGUCUGUAGUGCCCCCCAGUACAACAGAAUAUCCUUAUAUCAGCAGCUCUUCAUCUAUAGUGACAUUAUCACCCACAGUUGUGCCAACAUAUCCUCCAACAACUGUUAAUUUAUGUCGACCAAUUUGCUCUUCCCAACAUACUCUUGUCCAUGACCCUCUUGACUGUAACCACUUUUAUAUGUGCAACAUCACUCGCCUUACUCCAUAUCCUCACUAUACACCGGUUAGAGGAAAAUGUCCCCUAGAACGACCAGUCUUUGACCUUGAAAAACACUCUUGUGCUGCGGAUAUUCCUUGUAUUACUACAUGUGAAGGGGUUGUAGCUACAACGCCUACAACAUUAGCUACUACUGUCAAACCUGCAUCAGAAGUUGCACCCACAAUCUUCCCAGGUGACGAUGGGCCUUGCAAUAUUUACUGUGAAAAGCCAAAUUCUAUUGUACGUGAUCCAACCAGUUGCUAUCACUACUUCCUCUGUAUAUUCUUUGAUGGCACUGUUCCUCGCCCUUUGAGACUCAGAUGCCCAAGAGAGAAGCCUGUGUUUGAUGCGGAGAGUAAGACCUGUCAAAGUCAUGCUCCCUGUCGCACCUUGAAUUGUCAGCAAACAGAGAGUGAAUCAAUAUUAAUGGGGUCCAUCACUCCAUCACCUGCCGGAUUCACUUAUGACAUUAUGACUAUUAGUGAGAAACCGACACCAACAGAAUUUGUUGGUACCAAACCAACACAAGGACUUAUCACCGAAAAUAUCACUACCACCCCAACACCAGAAGGCGCCAUAAGCACUAGUCCAGUAACAGGACUUAUUACUAACAAUCCAGAUUCCAAUGAAAUUAUCACUACCAGUCUACCAUCAAAGGGUUCUAGCACUACCAGCCCACCAUCAAAAGGGCCUAGCACUACCAGUCCACCAUCAGAAGGGCCUAGCACUACCAGUCCACCAUCAGAAGGGCCUAGCACUACCAGUCCACCAUCAAAAGGGCCUAGCACUACCAGUCCACCAUCAGAAGGGCCUAGCAUUACCAGUCCACCAUCAAAGGGAUCUAGCACUACCAGUCCACCAUCAAAAGGGCCUAGCACUACCAGUCCAAUGCCAGAUAGACCUAUCAUUACCAGUCUUAUGCCAGGAUUUACCAGUACCAGUCCAGCACCAGAAGGACCUAUUACUACCUAUCCAUAUCCAGAAGGAAUGGUCACUACCAGUCCAACAUCAGAGGGAAGUACUGGCACAAGUCCAUUUUUAAGCACAGCUUUUACUCUGAACACCAGCCCUGCAGUAGAAGUCACUCAACAAACGAUAUCAAAUUCGGAUUCUGGAGACACUGUUCAAGAUCACUGUAAACCAGAGUGCAAGCAUGCAGGUAUUCUUAUCCCUGAUCUGACUGACUGCACUCGUUAUUAUGCAUGUGUUUUUGUAAAUGGCUUAGUUCCUCAGCCAGUGGUAGCCAGAUGUCCUAAAAAGAAACCUAUAUUCAGCAACAGUACAAGACGUUGUGUGGAAUCAGCCCCGUGCUAUGCUCCAUGUUCUGCACAUGGAGAAACCACCACUAGCAACCCCUCUCCCUCAUCAUUAGAAACUCCAGCACCUAUUCCAGGUGAAACCUCCCUCACCACCCCACAGGAUCUAGCAGCGACUGGGUGCUCUCAUGCUGGGUUCUUUGCUAAAAGUAAUAUCUGUGUCGGGGUGUACACACAUUGCUACCACAAUGGUAACCAGAUGAUGCGGGCAACUAGACAAUGUCCUCCAGGUCUGGUUUUCAAUACCGUUUCAACAUAUCCUUAUUGUGUUCCCCCUUCAGACUGCCCUUACGAUCCAGUAUUGCGAGGGCCGUCUGCUAAUGUAAGUAGCUGUACCCACCCUGGAAGUUUCCCACAAUGUCAACAUUGCUGUUCGGAUUAUAUUCAAUGUGAACCUUCCCCUUCUGGCCAUGGGUACACACCUACUGUGGCAAAAUGCCCAGGAAAUCUUGUGUUCAACACAGAUCCUACUUAUCCAGUUUGUCUGCGGGCAGAAGACUGCCCAACAGGUGGUGGCCAGAUGAGUCAGUGCAACCGCCAAGGUAUGACCAAGGCUGCCAAAACAUUCUCAAUGAGACUAAGAUCUGGCGAUCUGGAUGAACGUGGCACAUCAUAA